CAGCAGUGCUAAGGGAGCCGCACAUUUUAUAUCAAGCCUUGUAUUCUCCUUAAUUAGAACCCAUAGCGUCAUUAAAGCCUUUUUCUGAUCCUGGUCCGUUGUUCUAAAUUGUUGCAUGCAUUACUUCGAUGGUGCACUGAGUUUUAUUUCCAGCUAGACCUUUGCAUUCGCCCUCACCUCCUUUCAAAUUGUAAGGAUUGUCUUCGAAAGGGUGUUUUUUUCUUUUUGGGCGGAAGCGUGGUUUGCUGGAAGGAGGGAGACAGAAGCAGAGAGUGUUUGUUGGAGAAGCUUCAUCAAACUGAAAAUAGCAAUGGAGUGUCAACGUUGGUUACCACUGGAAGCGAAUCCUGAUGUCAUGAACCAGGUGAGUUACCGGAGCUGCAGAGGCUGCAAAGGGGAGACAGUGGUGCUGUUCGACUCCUGUUUGUGCAGCAACUAGGAUUACUGCCCACCUGGCAAUUUGGUGACGUCUUUGGAAUGGAUCCGGAACUACUGAGUUUGGUGCCACGACCCGUUUGCUCGAUUCUUUUACUCUUCCCAGUUACAGAAAAGUAUGAAGCGUUCAAGCAAGAGGAGGAAGCAGAAAUAAACUCUAAAGGGCAGAAGGUUGAUCCACAAGUUUAUUUCAUGAAACAAACCAUCAGUAACGCCUGCGGAACUGUCGGCCUUAUACACGCACUGGCUAACAAUCGCGAUAAAUUGGAAUUUGAACCUAAUUCAGUUAUGAAAAAGUUUUUGGAUGAUUCAUCCCCCUUAAGUCCUGAAGAAAAAGCAAAAUACCUAGAAAAAGAUGAGAGUAUUCGUGUUACACAUGAAUUCAGUGCACAGGAAGGACAAACUGAGGCACCAAGUUUAGAUGAGAAAGUGGAUUUGCAUUUCAUAACCUUUGUAAAUGUUGAUGGAUAUCUGUAUGAAUUGGAUGGACGCAAACCAUUCCCAAUAAAUCAUGGAAGCACUUCGGCUGAUAACUUUCUCGAGGAUGCAAUAGAAGUUUGUAAGAAGUUUAUGCAACGUGACCCCGAUGAAUUACGGUUUACAGUGGUGGCUCUCCAUAAGCCAUAGAGUGCUUCAAAUUGGCAGGAAAUGGAAAAAAGGAGCUCCAAAACCCAGACUUGAAUUGGCUUCCAGCGAUGUUGUUUUACUCCAGUCCCCGAGCUUGUGAUAGUCUUGAUCUGCUUCGACUCCUGUAAAGACUUGAUUUGAUACCUUUCUGGAAUAUGUCCAAUUGUUCCUCCCUCCAGAUGUCUGAUAGCAAAGUGUACAUUUGUGUGUACUUUUUGUUCUAUCUCCUGUCACAGCAGUCCUCCAUUUCUGAAACUUUCCCCAGUCAACGUCCCCAGUGACUAACACAAUAGAAAUUCAUCUGAAGGGAAGGGGCUGCGAGGUCUUUGGUAUAGUGUUCGCCCCAGCUGUACUUUGAUCAUUGACUAGCUAACAAAUGGACAUUUUGCAAUAGCUGGAAAAUUGUAUGCAAGAGCAGGCAAAAAUCUGCUCACUGCAUUCUAAAUGUGCUCAAUAAAUUAACUAUUGGUA